AUGUUAGCUAGAGUUAUUAGAAGAGCCUUUUGUUAAUCUGCUCAAACUACAUAUGCUAAUUAAUUCACUAUUGAAAACGACGUUGAAAACCUUAAAAAGUAGCUUACAUGGAGGGCUAGUAACAUGGGUAUGAGAGAGUUGGAUUUGUUACUUGGAACUUUUGCUAAAGACAAAUUAAAAAACUUUUCUAAGGAUGAAUUAGUUCAAUUUAAUAAAGAUGUGCUUGUUUUAGAAACUCCUGUCUUGAAUAAAAUUCUUUUGGGUCAACUCCCAAUUCCUGAAGGAAAUAAGUUUAUCCCAAUAGUUAUUGAGUAUGCUAAAAAUAAACCUAAAUAUGUUUACUUUUGA